UACGAAAAGAUAUCAACUAUCAUUUGCAAUAUCAUGGGAAGAUCAGUGAUGAGUGGCUCUUUGCUCGAAGGAAACAACUUUUCAUCUUCCACCGCCGGCACCGGCGCCGGUCACCAAGGAUCACUCGGCGGCGGGAUCAUAUCAAGUUUAUCAACACCCACUACUGACCACCAGCCGCACGAAACAGUGCACCGGAAUAUUCUUCCAAACAGCAGUCCGGCGACUUUCCCGUUCACACUAGGCGGAGGAGCAGGGGAGGGAGGUAAAGGCACCGUGACAGACACGGUGGCAGCUGCCAUUGCUGAGGUUGUGGAGCUUCUGCGAACGGAUGAGCCGCUUUGGAGUCGAACCCAGGGUGAAAGGGGAUUAGUCAUCCACCGUGAAAGGUACGAUAAGGUUUUUCCCAAGGGGAAUUAUUUGAAAAGCAGCACCGCGAGGACGGAGUCUUCUAAAGAUUCCGGCGUUGUCGCCGCCACCCCUGUUCAGUUGAUCGAAAUGUGUCUUGACCCGAGUAAAUUGAUGGAUUUCUUCCCAAUGAUGGUGCCAAAAGCUAAAAUAAUUGAAGUUCUUGAUAGUGGGAUGCUUGGAGGCUCCUUACAAUUGAUGUAUGAGAAAAUGCACAUUCUUUCACCCAUGGUGGCUCCCCGAGACUUCGUAUUCUUGCGUUAUUGUGGACAAGUUGAGACACACGCAUGGAUAAUGGUGGAUGUCUCAUAUGAUUCCUUCAAAGAUCAGCUUGACACUUCUGCUCCAUCUAACUCUUGGAGGCUUCCUUCCGGAUGUUUGAUUCAAGAUUUGCUCAAUGGAACAUCUAAGGUUACAUGGGUUGAACAUGUUCAAGUGGACGAUAAAAAACAAACCCAUCGACUUUACAGAGAUUUAAUUUGCGGUAGUCAAGCCUAUGGAGCAAAACGAUGGAUUGUCACACUUCAAAGGAUGUGUGAACGAUUUGGAUUCUUCUUAGCAUUAAGAAGUAUACCCGCUGCUAAUCAUGAACUCGAUGAAGUGAUCAAUGCGCCAGAAGGGAGGAGGAAUAUGAUGCAUUUAUCACAAAGAAUGGUGAAGGGCUUCUGCGAAGUAUUGAGCAUGUCUGAUAGAGUGGAUUAUAUGAUCAAUAAUGGUGGUGUCAGGAUUUCACUGCGGGGGCAACCGGGCGGUCUGGUCGUUUGUGCCGCAACAUCUCUCUGGCUUCCUCUUCCCACCGAGCAGCUCUUUAAUUUCUUCAUGGAUGAGAAGCUGAGGGGCGAGUGGGAUGCUUUGUCCGGUGGCCACCCGGUCACCGAGAUAGCUGGCAUUUCUACUGGUAGCUAUCCUGGAAAUCGUGUCUCCAUAAUUCUGCCUCUUGGUAGAAAAGAAAGCAAUAUGGUAAUGGUGCAAGAGAGCAGUAUUAACUCCUUGGAAGCGUAUGUAGUGUACGCGACAAUGAAGCUCCCUGAUAUCACCUCCGCCAUAAACGGAGACGAUCCAGUCAAAUUCCCGAUAUUCCCAUCUGGUUUCGUGAUCAGCGGCGAUGGUCGACUGGAGAAGACAAGUUCAUCGAGCGGGAGCAGUUCAAAGGCUCGGGCACAAUGUGGGUCCCUAUUGACAGUGGUCAUCCAGAGUAUGAUGAGUAACAACUCUUUCUCAAAGGAGGACAAUAUGGAGUGUAUGGCCGGUGUGCAUGCCCUCAUUAGCACCACCAUCCAGAAAAUCAAAGCUGCUUUGGAUUGCUCUGAAUUGGACUGAUGAGUACUCUUUCUUGCUUGGUUACUUGGACUUAUUUCUGUUCCUAUCUUGGGUAACCAAAUUUACCUUUUGGUUCAAACCAAUUGAAUGAUGUUGUUAAUUUUCCAUCUUUUUUGUCUUUACUCCCUCAGUCCAUUUGACAUAUGUUGUGGAGAUGUGGAUUCAUUUGAGUGCUAUUAAAUUUGUCAAAAGUAAGGAUAUAUGACCCACCAAAUAUAGCUCCUUGGCUAUAUAUAGUGUGAGACUCUGAGGUGAAUGGGGUAAAUAAAUAUGUCUAAUU